GUCAUUCUAUCGAACCUUUGCCCUUCCUUCCUUCUUCUUCUUCUUGUAACACCUUCCCUUCACGCAUCUCUAGUACGAGUCUACUCACUACUUCUCCUUUCCGAAACAAAGUCGAUAUCUGCAACAAUGGCCGAGAAGAAGCAGACCGUUAUCCUCACCACUUCUGACGAUGAGCAAUUCACCGUUGAGAAGAUUGUCGCUGAACGAUCCGCCAUGAUUAAAUCUAUGAUGGAGGACCUUGGUGACCAGGAGGGUCAGCCCAUUCCGCUCCCCAACGUCUCUUCUUCCGUCCUUACCAAGAUCCUGGAGUACUGCGACCACCACAAGAACGACCCUCUCCCCACCGGUGACGCCAACGACGCUGAUGACUCUAGAAGAAAGACUUCUGAGAUUGGUGACUGGGAUGCUCGAUGGAUCCAAGUUGACCAAGAGAUGCUCUUUGAGAUCAUCCUUGCUGCCAACUACCUCGACAUCAAGCCUCUCCUCGAUGUUGGCUGCAAGACCGUUGCCAACAUGAUCAAGGGUAAGACUCCUGAAGAGAUCCGAAAGCUCUUCAACAUCACCAACGACUUCACUCCUGAGGAGGAAGAGCAGAUACGAAAGGAGAACGAAUGGGCUGAGGACCGUUAAACAACUUCAUGUAUGGGGUGUACUUUAUAUUUUUCGCAUGUUGUUCAUAUGAAUCGCCUGGUUUUGCGUUCUGAGCAAUCUAUCGUUUUUCUGUAAAUAGCUAAAGUAAAAAAAAUAUUAGUAGGAGCGCACAAUGGAAGACGAAUAGUCGAUUCAGUGAUAAAGUUUGCUGCAAGAUUGG